AUGGCCGUCCACAAAGCUCUUAUAGAUAUGAGGACUCAGGACUGCUGUAAGGCCACACUGGGGCUCCUCUCAGACUCAGGACUGCUCGACUCAUUGCCCAGCCCAAACGGCAGAGGACCAGACGACGAAGCCAGUCGUUCCCUCCCAGUCCUCACAACUUUCUGCUCUAUAAAUGUCUCAGUCUCAGCUCCGGUGCGGUGCGGUACGGUGCGCUUGUUGUGGUGCGGUGCGCUUGUGGUGCAGGGUGGAGGUGGUGACAGCAGUGCCCUUGUUGUCCGUGGUGGUGGUGCUGUUGUUGCUGUUGCUGUAAGUGGUGAUGGCGUGGGCGGGGAGCCGGCGGGCCUGCUGUCCUGUCUCACGUGCUACCUGUGUGGCCAGCUGUUCCAACGACCGCGUGUCCUCCCCUGUGGACACACCUUCUGCAGUGAGUGUCUGGCCAAGGUCAAGGACGAGAUACUGCACAAGGGCAAGGUGACCAGGGAGCAGCACAGAGAGAGAGACGACUUCCUGUCCACCAGCAACGGGAGGUCAGCCGGCAGAGAUGACGUCACACCGUCCACGUCACUGGUCAGUCCAGACUCCGCUCAGAGCCCGCCAGUGGCUGGUGCCCAGGUCUCUGCCUCCUCCUCCCCACACCCGGCAGACUGGUCCAGCAAUGUGGACUACAUCCCGUCCUGUGAUGACGUCAGCUGCUACCGCCCACAACUGACCACCAGGGCGGGGAGUCCGGCCACUGGACGGCGAGCGGUGACCAGAGGCUCCACACACCAGCACCACCAAAACCACAACCACCACAACCACCACAACCACCACAACCACCACAACAACAACAACAACCAUCAGCUCUCCAAGGGGCUGACAAGAAGCAGCACGUUCACCUCUCAAAGACCUCUCUUCGUGGAACGGAGCCCGUCUCGCUACAGCGCCCCGGCGGGUGUGGGGGGAACCCCCAGGCUCUGUUCGCAAUGCGGGGGUUCCGCAACCAUGCCGCGACGCUCCAAAUCGGCGCACCGUUCCUCCCCCUCCUCCUCCUCCACCUCCCCGGGGUCAAGGACGGAGAGCAAAUCUAGGUCAUCGUCUGCCCCUCGUUGGGACAGCAGCCCCCAGAAGUCAGCGUCCUCCUGCCACCACCCGUCCCCGCCCCCCGCUUGCUCGUCUGACCACAGACAUGGACGGGAGAUGGACCAGUUCGUGUGCCCACUGCCGGACUGUGGCUACUCCCUGAGGGUCAUGAACCUGGCGCGCUGGUCUCCGAGGAACCGGACAGUGGCGGACGUGGUGGGGGCGUGGCGGAGACAGUGUCUGAGCCGGAAGGACUCGAGCACUCAGACGGACAUCAGCGGCCAUCAGUCUGUGCUAGUGACUAUCCCCCGCUCCCUGGUGCCCGGCGUGACGGAGCGGUCAGUGUGGCCCCAGAGCAGACGCCGGCGCCACUCCUCCCUGGUCGACUCCGCCCUCAGCCACGCCGUCAGCAUGGACAGCCUGGAGAGAGGCUACGUGCCCAGAGGUCACUUCUCCUGGAGGUCUUACGCCGCUAUGGUGGGAAUGAACAUCCUGCACCAGAUCGUCAACUUGUAGACUACAGUAUAGUCGUGAAUCUGUGAACUACAGUAUAGUCGUGAAACUGUGAACUACAGUAUAGUCGUGAAUCUGUGAACUACAGUAUAGUCACAACUACAGUCUAGUCGUGAAUCUGUGAACUACAGUAUAGUCACAACUACAGUCUAGUCGUGAAUCUGUGAACUACAGUAUAGUCACAACUACAG